AUGCGGUGCAGUGCACACUCUAUAGGUUGCAGACGCGGACGCAAGCACCACACCAUGUCCACAACCAGAUUUUAUGACGAAACAAAACAAAAAAGGGUCGUGAACAUGUUAAAAAUUUCACCCCCUCGUCGACGGUCAAAAAAAGUACAUUUGCGGCCCGCCAAAGGUCAAAUAGUUUUCAAUGCGGCCCUCGCAGCAAAACGUAGUAUUCAGAACGGAAAUGUGAGGAAUCAUUUAAUUGCCAGGCAGAGCUAUUUUCGCAGACACAUCAAGCUGGAUGAAUCAAUCAAGCGGCUAUUUAAACAAACACACGUUCCCUCAAUCAUCCGCAUGUUAGCCUACGUAGAACACGAACCAAUCAUCCGCAUGUUAGCCUACGUAGAACACGAACCAACAACUACUUUGAGUGGUGUUACUUGCCUAAAUACUUUCAACGUUAAAACUUCAUAG